UGUUGGUGCUGCUUUAUUUAAAACUUUCAGUGGGUUAGUGUUCGACAGAGAGAGAAGAGAGGAAGAGCGAGAGAGAGAGAGAGGGGGAAGAAGGAUGGGAUUGUUGAUUGAGAUUACCGAGGUUUAAGCACCUCACCCCGUCCCUCCGCAUCACCUGCUGAUGGACCUACGCAUGGACUACCAGACGCUCCUUCUACUGAAGGAUGUGGCGCUCUGAAGCCCCCAGGUGAUAUGGAUUAAUUGGCUUCUUCGCAGUCCAAGGAAGGCGCGGCUGGUUUGCGGCGCUUUAGCAAGUUCUUCAACGUUACCAGGGACCGUCGAGGCGGCCCGCCCAGGAGAGGAUUAUAGGACAGGAAUAGACACUACUCGGAGAUGAAGAUACAUCAUCCAGAUCUUCUUCAGCGAGAUGAUGGCCGAACAGAACGUGGAGCGCGACUGUAACCAGUGCCUUCAGGGAGCCCUGAGAGUCAGUGCAGAGAGCAGGUAAAUGGAGUCCCAGGACAGGAGUCGCUCCCCGUCCCGCAAGACCAGCCGAGUGGAACAGGUGGUGGGACGAUGGCUGAGGCGGUCCAGAGACUUAGGUAGCAGGUCUCACUCUCUGAGUAGAGAUCGAACUGCUGUGGACGGGAAAACAGGAGAGUCCAGUAGCUCCGAUCAGAGAAAUUACCCAUUCCGAUUCAACAUUCAGAUCCAAAAGGACCCUAACCUCAGUUCCCAUGGCCUCAUGCUUUCCACCCAGAUCCCCAUCCUGGUGCAGGAGGUAACUCCAGGUGGUCCUGCAGAUGGUCGUCUUGUCCCUGGCGACCAGCUCGUGAAGAUCAAUAACGUUGCUGUCGAUGAUCUGACCCCAGAGCAAGCUGCUGAAAUAAUUAGGGAGUGUCAAGACACGCUGACAAUGACUGUCCUCAGAAUCAUGCAAGGCCCGAAGUCGUCAUUCAUCACGCCUGAAAAGAGGGCAAAGCUCAGGUCCAACCCUGUCAAAGUCCACUUUGCCGAGGAGGUGGAGGUCAAUGGAUAUUCUCAGGGAAACUCACUGCUCUUCCUGCCCAACGUUUUGAAGGUGUAUCUGGAGAACGGGCAGACCAAGGCUUUCAAGUUUGAGACCAACACUACUGUCAAGGACAUUGUGAUGACACUAAAGGAAAAGCUUUCACUGAGCCGUAUUGAACAUUUUUCCCUGGUGCUCGAACAGCAGCACAACAGCAGCAAGCUUCUGCUGCUUCAUGACGAGGAGAGGAUACAUCAGGUACUCCAGAAGAAGGAAGUUCAUAACUACAGGUGUCUGUUCCGUGUUUGUUUCAUGCCUAAAGACUUUAAGAUGCUGCUGCAAGAGGACCCCGCUGCCUUCGAGUACCUUUACCUACAGGGCGUGACCGAUGUGCUGCAGGAACGCUACGCGGUUGAGAUGAGGUGUAAUGCUGCCUUAAGACUUGCUGCGCUGCACAUUCAGGAGAGGCUGGUGAGCUCUGGACUGUCCCCCAAAGCCAACCUGAAGAUGAUCACGAAGACUUGGGGCAUAGAAAAUUUUGUGUCGUCCACAUUACUGAGGAACAUGCGAGAAAAAGAUCUGAGGAAGGCUAUUGGCUUCCACAUGAAGAAAACCCAGUCCCAGCACGAUCCCAAGCAAAAAUGCUUGUCAGUAGAUCAAGCGCGGAUAAACUAUCUCGAAGAGCUGAGUGAUCUCAAGUCCUUUGGGGGAAAGUCCUUUGGUGCCACCUUGAUGCUUCAGGACAGGGAGUCGAUGGUGAGCCUACUGGUUGGAGCGCGCUACGGGGUGAGUCAGGUGGUCAACCAUAAGCUGAGUAUCAUGACAACCCUUACAGAGUUCAGCAGCAUCACUCGCAUCGAACUGCUGCCUGAAUCAGACAAAGUCAGCCUCGUCAAGAUAUAUCUACAGGACAUCAAGCCCAUCACAUUACUGUUAGAGGCAGGUGCAGCAAAGGAUAUGUCCUGCCUCAUUGCAGGUUACUGCCGUGUGUUUAUUGACCCCAGCCUCAACGUCUUCCCAUGGAUAGAUGACAAGAAACACAGAGUUUCUGCUGAAGAAGGUUACGUGUCACGAUGUGCAAGUGACUCAGAGGACUCUUCAGAAUUGGACAUGGAGCCGCUGUACAGCCUGGUGUCACAAGAUAACAAAGCCUGCCCUCGUGUUAGAUCCUCGUCAGACCCUGAUAGAAGGAGACGGAAGGACAGGGACCGGAUGAGAAGCAAAGACAGCAAAGCGAAGGGAGACACACAAGAGGAGAAUAAAAAACUAAAACAAGAGAAUUAUCCUGAUACUCCAAAGGAGACAUCUUCAUUAGAAAACAAUAAGGAGGGGAAAUAUGAAGACACUGUGGACAUAAAGAGACUUGGGUCAAAAAUACAAAUCCAAAUAACAGACAGUGGUUCAGGGGGACAAAAAGUAAGUCCUGAAACUGGAGAGGAAGAGCAGCCGUCGGUAUCAGAAGCAUCAGAUUCAUGUCACACUGACUCUCGCGUCUUGACCAGUCCCUCUAGUGACUCUAUCGAUGCCCUCGAGGAUGAUGCUUUAAUUUCAUGCUCCUCCUCUUCCGUCCAGACUCAUGCUCUCUCACAACCUCAUGUCUGCGUCCACUCCCCCUUUCAACUUCACCUCCACUCUGACGGCCACAUUCAGCCUCACCUCCUCACUCCUCCACCACCUCACUCUCAUCCCCUUAUUCAACUCACAGUUGUUAGCUGUGGAGAAUCUGGAGGAGGCUGCAGAAGGUCAGGUGAUGGAGCUGAUCCCAAACUUAUUUCCACCCCGUCUCAGAGCCCCAAAGUUCAAAAACGUUUAGGUGAACUCUGCUCUCCAGACAGCUCGCUGUGUUUCGCUGAGCUCUCCCGCCUCGCAGACCUCCUGCCGAGCCCUCCUGAGGCUAGCGAGGAAGACGAUGUUGAAGAAGACGAGCUGAGGCAGAAGGGAAAGUUACAGAGUUAUAUAAGUGUGACACUGAGAAAUGCAGAUGAUGGAGGAAGUGUUGGAGAGCAUCCUCUUUCCACUUCUCCACCAUCCUCAUCUGCCCACAAAGACUUUGUUUUUAACUUUGACCAAAGCGAUGCUCGCUGCUACUACAACCUCUGCUCUAACAUCACCCCUGACAGUGCUCACAGCCUUCCGGGUCCUCGGCAUCCUAAAGGGACCCAUAAGAAUGAGGUGAAGGCUGAGGAAUGUGAUCCAAUUCCCGUCCUCCAGCCGCCCCCUGGAUUCGGCGAUAGCAGCUCUGAUGAGGAGUUCUUUGAUGCAAGAGAUCGCUUCACCUCACCUGAAGAUCCCACGUCAGGCACGGUCCCAAAAGGCAUCCGAACAAAAAUGAAGAUGGACAACUUCAGCAUUCUCAGCCUGAGUGAUAUCAGAGUUUCUGUGAUGGACACAGGUGAAAAUGGAGGGGCAGAAAUUGACAAACAGCAAGAUGAAGAGGAAAGAGGAGGCAAAGAAAUGAUGUUCCUCCUCCGGAAGAGGUCCCGAAAGCGACGCUCUUUCAUGGAAACUGAUUACACCUCUACAGUGACAUAUCCAGAAUCCAAUCUGGAAUCUGAGUCCAACUUAAACUCUUGCAGUCUUCUCAAAAACAUUUUGACAGGUGCAAAUGAAAACCCAUUGCUAACUUCAGAUCCUGAACCCUCGGAGCAAACCCAAAAUCCCAGCCCUACCAUGUCCUCUCUCACUCACUCAGAAGGAGAACCAUCUCAGCUCGAGUCCAAACCCAUCUUGUCAAAGCUCUGCUCACAUGGACCGGGCCUUCUUUCUGCCUAUGAACAGAAUAGAGAUAUAAACCCCCCUUCAAGGACCAGGAAGCAGGAAAUGGAGAUGGAGCCAGAUGCGAUGGAAUCCAAAUCAGUCACAGAUCUGGUGAAGGUGGUGCCGCCUACCAUCACCGUUGUCCGCUGCCGGGUUGAUCCAGAUGGAAAGGAGAGUGCAGAUCGGAGAGGUGACGGGAAGGAGGAAGGGGAAGAUCAGGAGCAAAUGGGAGAAAGGAAAGAGGAGGCAGAAAAGGAGAAACCAACAAUUUUAACGGGAAACGGACCAAUCACUAGUCAUUUGUUUCUACCUGAUAUAAUUGAGGAAGAAGGAAAAGAAGAAGAGGCGAAGAAAGAGAAUGUGUUUGAAUUAUCAUCCAGCUUAAAGAGACCCCUCAUGGGUAGUGAAAUUCCACAGGAGGCUAUCAUAAUGCCAAAGGGUUUACCAAAAGUGAAUGAAAAGUUGGUCCCUGCACAGAUAAACACACAUAUAGAUAAAUAUUUCCUUCCGUUGAUUUCACCACCACCUCCCCCACUAUCACCACUUCUCCCUCAAACACCCACUGAACUCAAACCUGAAAGUGACCUUUUAAUGAAAGAGGCAGAAAUCUGCAAAAACAUAGAAACCUCAAUCAAACUUACGGCUUUAAAUCCCAAAGAACAGAUUAAAAACCACAGCAACGCUGCAAAGUUGUUCAAACAGACUUUAACAAGCAUUAACAAUGAAGAGCUCAUCGGUGUUCAUGAAUCUACAGAAAGCUUUAAUUCGGACAAUGUUUUUGAGGAUGAGGAUGAUGCGGACACCAGUAAUUCCCUAAAUUACACUUUAUGUGAGAAGCAAGAUGACAGGAAUCUAAAUUCAAACAGUUGCGUUGGGGAUUAUUCAACCCUGGGAGCUAAAGAUGAAUCACACAUCAGCACUCAGCUUCUUUUAAACAGUGAAGCCCAAUACAGGGGCCAUUCCAUCACUACAGAUCACAUUCUAGCUAUAAAGUCUAUUAGGGCAAAACUGACUGCUUCAGCAAACAUCAUCUCCUCUCUUAACUCAGGAACUACAUUGAAAAACGUUGUUACAUUAAAACCAAAAAGUGAUUCAACCUUGGUGAGUGGUGCAGCUGCAGAGAGUUUAAGAAGUCCCAGCAUUAUGAUGGCAAAGGCUGCCACUCUGAACGAUCUCUCCAAAGAGCUUCUGCCGCCAGCUCAUUUCAUCUUCCAGACUUGUUCACCAGGCAUCAUGGGCCGUUUAUCUGCCUCGACGCUGAGGGGAAAAAUUCAAAACUUGCCUCUUUAUUUAUCACGCUCCCAAGAAAGUCUAACUCAAGCAGGGGUUGGGAGUUUUGUGCAGAGUCUAGCUGGGGACACUACCAGGGAUGAUGCACAUACCACCGACAACUUUCACGAUAUCACACAGACCCUUGACUUGGAGACAGGCAUAGCACCUGACUCGGCCGAGUCGGACGAUUCAGAUGCAACGGUGACUGGAUCUGAGUUGGAUGGGGAGUUUUUUGUAGAAACAACCUCAGCGGAGAGAUCUGAUUUGGCACCUGAGAAAAAAGAAGUAAGCUGUCAGCUGCCUGUGCAGACUGAGCCCAAACAGCAUCAUCAAACUCUUUAUUCCAGACCUAAUGAUAACACGCCAGGACCAGUAACAGAGCCUCCUGCAUCCAUAAUAAGCCUCUUCCAGAGAGACACCUCUGAGUUCAUCACAGACACUCCUGGACCUAUUAAAGAUGCCUCGGAGCUAAACAUAAAAGUCAACAGUCUACAGGAGGACAUUCCAGGGUAUAAAGUAAAUAGUCAGUCUCUGAUAGUGAUGACCACCCAGAAUCUAAAUGGACCACAACUUGCUUUUAAUGGGCAGCCCCAAAGAGUAAGAAGGACAAGUAGUGACAGACCUUUGAUGGGUCUUUGUAGACCUUCAGAGCAGAUUUCAGGCUCUUCAAAAGCAUCGUCUACUGGUUGCGAAGUGUUUACCAUCUGUGAGGAUCUGUCCCAGACAAGUACUCCAGGCGACCUUGUUUCCACUACACCCCUUAAGUCUGAAUUUGGUUGCAGUUCUGUGCUUGCGUCUGGGUGUGAGUCAGUAGCGGAGGGGGUCCAGGUGCCCCUGGAGGCCUGUGGCUGUCCAGUAUCGUAUACAAACUGCUUCAGUGGGGAAGACAGCUUUGAUGAUGAGCUUACGGUCUAUGAGUUCUCCUGCCGCUCUCAGAACAGCGGCAUUUCUCAGACUUCCAGUGGAGGUCUUCAUCUUGUUACAUCUCCCCCUGUUCCCUCCUUCAUCUCCACCUCUUCCACCCUUUCCCCAUCAUUUCCCAACCCCAUCUUUUUCUCCUCUUCCACCUCUGAGUUCAGCCCUCUUCUGUCGCCCCACUCAGACACCUCUGAAUCAUAUUUGUCUCAAACACACAAGGACACUCUCAGUCAUCUGGGUCAGCAGCAUUAUCCAGAACCUCCCGAAGGUUUCCAAGUUCUUCGCAGAGAUGUUCAUAAACUUCUGUCAAUUUUGGAAGUAAGCGGCAGCUCUGAUCGAUCUGUGGAAAGGCUUGGAGGUCGUCACCCAAAGGACUCAUGCCCAGCGCACUUCACAGAGAACAAGAGGGUGCUCCAGUUAGAGGCCCGGCGGCUCAUGUCUGGUUGCCAGAAGGUGACAGGGACCGGACAGAGCCCAGAGGAAAUGCUUCAGUUCUUGGCUGACAGUUUCCGGACUUUGGUAGAGCUGGCCGGCGUUUGCCUCUGGUUCUCUGGUUGCGACAGGUGCGACCGAAGGAACGUAGAGGCAGUCGCAGGCCUGGCAGAUGUUGCGCGCUCAUUCAGGGACUUCUGCUUGGCGGCAGAGCGAGCCAGCAGCAAACGUAGUUGCCAGGACCUGAGCACCAAGCUGUUGGCAAAACAGUGCACGGCACUCACCGCCUCUGUCUUCUGCCUCACUCAGCUGUUCCGUACCCUCACUGCAUUGUGAGAGAACCGCAACCUCAUGGUGUCAUGUCCAGCCCGGAGCUGUUGUAAACUUUCUGAGCUGGGAAACUCAACAACUCAAAAUUACAGAGCCCAGUUUGAUGCACUUACAAGUGAUCGUGUGUAGAGGUGCAUGUGAUGACUUUCUUUAUGCUGCACAAGUUCUGCUGUCAACAAACUCUGUGGAUUUGUAAUAUUUAGAAACUGAUAUACUUGAAUGUAUGCUUUGUCUAUAGGUUAUUAUUUAUUUAUCUAUUUAUUGAAUGGGUCACUACUGUGUGUCUGAGGAAGCAUAAAAUGUCAGUGGACGAAGAAAUGUUUACAGACCUCGUUAUUAGCAGGAGAAACCGUGUCUCUAAGUCCGAUCACACAAGUGACACACAGUAAAUUUGUGUGAUUUACUCAUACACAUCAACACAUCAUGCCUCAUCAAUAUUAAUAUAACUUGACGGUCCACUGAGAAGAAAUCUGCAGUUUACAUAUACUUGCACACGGUGCCUUGCAAAAGUAUGGUAUUUUUCAGAUUUUACCAGGUUCCAAGCACAAACUUCUAUGUUU